CAUGCAACCAUGACAGAUCGCAUUGUGCGCUGAGGGCCUUCCAGCUGAAAGAGAGAAAGUCCUCCUACACGGCAAACAGGCAGCGCCAGCCCUCUAGGCCGGCAGCUCAGCUAGCCUGACAUGGCCCCAUCAAAGAAAGGGAAGGGGAAGGGCGCUGUGCAGGUCAACGUGGAAGCCGAGGCCGUGUCAGCAAAAGUCGCACUUCAGAACCCGGCCUUGGAUGCAGCCAAUAACAUCAACGGCGUGGAAGAGGCCAAGUCCGCGCAAGCGGCUGCCGACGGCGCCGGCGACGCCGCACAACCCGCCUCGGGCGCGCCGGCGGGUGCGCCCGGAGCGCCGCCUGCGGGCGCCUCGCUGGCGGACUCGGCCGCCUUCAUCGUGCAGCUGCAGCGCCUGCGCACGCGGCUGCAGUCGGUGGUGCAGGACGUGCGCACCGUGGCGCAGUCGCUGGACGAGCCGCACUCCCUCAUCGCCGGCGUGCGCGACCAGCUCCAGUCCGCCACCACGCACGCGCACGCGCAGCACGCCCGCCUGAACGCCUCCCACGACGUCGCCCUGCUCGGCACUGAUGGCAGCUUCGUCACCGGUGCCCGCCACGCCAUGGCGGACGCGGCCUGCGACGCCGCGGAGGACGGCACGUGGGUGGCGGCCCCACGGAGCUCCGCCGCCACCGGUACCGACACGGCCUUUGGCGACGACGCCUACGCCAGCACCCACGAUACAGGGGUGGGGCCGGACGGCGACGCGGCGGCAGCGGUGGGCGCGACGCCGAGGGUGGGCGCGGGCGCACUGGACAAGCAGGGCAGCGUGAAGGCGCGCGUCGCUGCGGUGGAGCAGCGGGCCGGCGGCGCACACACCUCCACAGAGAAGGCCGCGGAGGCGGCAGCCGCGGCUGCUGAGGCCGCAGCUGCGGGCGCCAGCGGCCGCCAGCAGCGCGCGGCGAAGAAUGCCAGUGCCAACGGCAACAGCAGUGCCAAUGCGAACGCGGCAAACGGCGCCGCCGGCGCUGCUGCCGUCGCGGCCGCUGCCGCGGCGGCGCCCGCCGGCGGCCGCAAUGCGGCCAAAAAUAAGAAGAAUGCCAAGGGCGCUUCCGCCGCGACUGCAACAGCCGCGGGCGCUACGCCCUCGUCGCCGCCCAAAGGCUCAAUGUCUCGCAGCCCGAGCAACGCGUCGCUGACCGGGGCCGGGGCCGCAGCCGGCGGCCUGGCCACGCGCGGCUCGGCCGGCGGAGCCGGCGGCGGCCUGUCUCGCAGCCCUAGCAAUGCCUCGCUGACCGGGGCCGCAGCCGGCGGCCUAGGCGCGCGCGCCUCGGGCGGCGGCCUGUCUCGCAGCCCCAGCAACGCCUCGCUGACCGGCGCCACGCGCACCGGCAGCAGCGCGUUGCAGCCGUUCCUCCCAGCCUCCAGCACUGAGGUGGCGGAGGCGCGCCGCCGCGCCGCCGAGGCCGAGGCGACGGCCAAGCGGGAGGCGCUGCGCGCCGCCGCCGCCGCCGGGGCUGGCAGCGGCUCCACUGGCGGCGCGCCGCCGGGCGCAGCCAGCGGCAUGCCGCUGCGGAGCAAGAGCGGCGGCAGCAGCGGAGGCUCGUCUCAAAUCAACAUGGCGACAGGCCCUGCCGAGGCUGCGCCGGCACCAGUAACAACAGCUGCGGCGGCGUCGGUAGCCGCGGCGGCGCCUGGCGGGCGGUCUUCGUCAGGCGGCAGCGGCGCCCGCGGCGGGUCAGCGCGCACCUCGGCCGACGCAUGCAUGGUGGCGCCGCCGCUGACGGCAGAGGCUCUGGAGCAGCUGGUGGAGGCAGGCAGCGACGACGCGGCGCUGCUGGCGGCGGCUGCGGCGGCUGCCGCCGCCGGGAUGCCCGGCGUUAGUGGCGCCGGGGCACCGCUGGCUGCUGGCGAGGGCGGCGUGGAGGCGGCGGGGCCGGAGGCGCUGCGGGAGCUGUGGACGCUGCGUGCGCGCGUGUGGGCGCAGGAGGCGAAGCUGUCUGUGCUGGUCAAGGAACUGUCCUCCAAGAACGCGGCGCUGGAGGCCAAGGACCGCGAGCGCACCGACAUGGCGGCGCGGCUGAGCGGCGUGCUGCAGAAGCUGCAGGUGAUCCAGUCCUCGCAGCAGGUGGCGGCGCAGGGGCAGCAGCAGCACCAGCAGUGGGCGCAGGGCCAGGAGCCGGCGCAGGGGCAGCAGGUAGCCGCGGCGGCGCAGCAGCAGCUGCAGCAGCAGGCGGACGAGAACGCAGAGUUGCUGGAGCAGCUGCGGCAGCUGCAGGAGCACGGCGUGUCUGCCGGCGAGCCCCAGACCCAGACCCAGCCCCAGGCCCAGGCCCACCAGGCAAGCCUUGCGGAGGCCGGUCGCUCCACCGGCCCCUCCCUGGACUUCUCCAUGCGCCUGCCCAGCGAGGUGGCGCACCGCCUCACGCGCGUGGACGGCGGCAGUCACGCCCCCAGCACCCUGUCCGAGGUGCUGGAGCAGGACGAGGUGAGCUCCGUGCAGGGCUCCGCCAGCCGCCGCUGGUCCGGCGGCUCGGGCGGCGGCGGCGGCCAGCAGUCGCCGCCGCUACGCGACGGCGCCGGCACCGGCUCGGGCGCAGGCACCGGCCCGCGCGGGUCGCAGGAGGAGGUGCAGCCGGCGGCUGCAGCGGAAGCGGCUGCCGAGACGGCGCCGCAGGCGCCGGCGCCGUCGGCGGCGGUGGUGCAGCAGCGGUCGCUGUUGCGGCUGGCGACGCAGGCGUCGGGCGGCGUGGUGCCAGGCGUGCGCAUCGAUGACAGCGCUGUCCUCGGUGCGGUGGCGGCCGCCCGUGGCGGCGCGCUGGGCGGCGGCGCAAGCGCGGGCGCGGCGGCGCCGGCCCACUCGUCGUCGCACGGGCGGCGGCGCGGCGGCGUGCUGGGGGUGCUGCUGCAGGUGGUGCCCACCAUCGCGUGCGUGGCGCUGCUGCUGCGGGACCCCACGGUGCGGGCUGGCCUGGCGGUGCUGCGGCGUGGCGGCAGCGGGCGGCGUGGCGCGGAGCCGGCGGGCGCAGACGCGUCGGCUAACGAGGCAGCGGCGGCGGCGGCGGCACCCGCACCCGCCGUGACGAAGGCCGUCCGGCAGCCGGCGGCGGCCACGGCUGUGGCGGCGGCGGCCACAGCUGCCGCUGCUGCCAAGCCGGUGGCUGUGGCCGCCGCUCCGAAGGCGGUGGUGCCUUCGCGGCAGACGCGCGCGGAGCGCCGCGCAGUGGCGCAGGCGGCCGCCGCGGCCAAGGCGGCGGAGUGCGCCGCAGCCAAGGUGGCAGCCAAGGACGCCGCGUUGGUGGCGAAGGCCCGGUCCGUGCAGGUGGAUGAUUCGGAGGUGCGCCGCUUCCUGAGGAAGGUAGCGCAGAGCCCGAGCGAGGAGGAUGACGACUCGUUCCAGAGCCGUGCGUCGAGGCAGUGCAAGGCCACGUGGUGCAAGAUCAUUCGGCCGCCGCCGCCUGAGGUCGUAUACUAUUGAGAGCGCAGGUGUCCGUUGCGUCGGCGCUGUUGGUACACACAAGCUACCGCAUCGCAUUAGCGCAUUGCCGUAAGCAACGUAGGUCAAAAGCCACGAGCAUGUACGGCGUUGCUAGAUGUUGGUCAUGGUGAUGUAGGCGGGAUUUAGCAUGGGCCAAAGGCUUGGCCCGUCCGGCAAGUAAUAAGAGCGGAGCAACGAUGCAAAAGCCUUGACGACGUUGGUGUAGGUGACAUAACCUGACACGAGGAGACUCAGGACGGUGCAGGCGAGGGGGUUCUGCUGCAGGUUGCCAGGGCCAGUUAAGGCAGUGGCCCGGUUUUGCCGGAACAUAAUUUCCCAAGUUUUGAUGCGGUAGGCUUGUUGGGCUUUGGGUUUUGGAUGACAUACUGCAAGGAAUAAGGUUGGGACAUGACUUGCGCAAUCCGGUGAAGGGAACGAUCGGCAGCUGCAACGGCUGCGUAAGAGUUGUUGAAUCUGUAUGAGUAUGCGUUAUGAAUUAGAAUGAUGCGUAGAUGGGCCUGCCUUGGUAUGUUAUGUGUGCAUGGUGCGUGGUUAGCUGUCCUUAGGACGGCUUUCUACAAGGGAACGGCCUCACAAUGUGCUCAUACGUGCACGUCGACUAGAGUGAUCGUGCAACAAUCAGGAGCAUGAGUAGUGCUGAGGAUCAGAUAGCCUGGCAGGAAAGCGAUUGUGCCAUUCAGUGCACAGUAAACAGAGGAGGAGCCUCGAGACGUGUGCGGCCAUUGGAUUUGUCUCCGGAUUCGGGUGUGGCUUGCCUUCGCAGAGGGAUCGCUUAUCUAUUGCACUCGUACCGUAUACUUGUGCCGGCAACACAAACAGUGGCUUUGAGUAGGGAGGGCACUGUAGGCUCCCUGCAUACCGGUAUCGUUAUUCGUUUUGGUUUGUGCGCCCCAGAGCGUUUGCGCACACAUGAAGAAGGCUUGAUGGUCGCAAUGGUCAUUCUUAGGCGCAUGCGCCACAUAGCGCGGUUGCCGUGCGUUUCUGAGAGCUAAUGAGAGAGAGGGAGAGUGCUCGAGGCCUGUGCGGUAGUACUUCUCCUAGUAUGCACGAGAGCCGUGUGCUUUGCGCUAGACGACGAGGUUGCACAUGUUGAUAACGCACAGUCACUGAAAGUGUGAGCAUGUAAGCCAACGACUUA